AUGAAAGCGAUCGCCCUUGUCACCGUGGGGCUCGUGGGGUCGAUUGUGCCAACUGCCACAGCAGCCAAAAUUAAGAUCAAUACCAGUUCAAAGCUGCAGCGCAUUGACGGUUUUGGCUUCUCCCAGGCAUUUGGGCGAGCUUCUGAAUUUCAGGCUGCAGACCCUGAAUUGCGAAAGAAGGCACUCGAUCUUCUCUUUGACACAAAAACAGGUGCUGGAUUCAGCAUCAUCCGAAAUUGGAUCCCUUCCACUACUGCGCUUUCCAUUGAGCCAAACAGCCCUGGCUUGGCCUCCAAUAAGCCCAAUUACACGUGGGAUGGCGACGAUGAAGGCCAAGUUUGGUUCACCAAGCAGGCCGUCAGCUAUGGUGUGAAGACUAUUUAUGCGGAUGCAUGGAGUGCACCUGGCUAUAUGAAGACUAACGGAGAUGAGGCUACGCCUGGAUAUCUCUGUGGAACAACUGGCCACACUUGCUCAACUGGUGACUGGAGGCAAGCUUUCGCCAACUACCUUGUUCAAUACGUGAAGUUCUACAAGCAAGAAGGCCUUGACAUCACCCAUCUUGGAUUCUUGAACGAACCAGACAUCGAGGUUGGAUACUCGCAGAUGCAGAUUAGUCCCAACGCCCAAGAGGCCAUCUCCUUCAUCCCAACCCUCUACGAGACAGUCAAACGCGCACGAUUGGAUCUGAGGCUUACCUGCUGUGAUGCAGUGGGCUGGGAUUCCCAAGCCAAUUAUACUAAUCAUCUAAUGGCCACCGGAAUGCAGAAGUACCUCGACAUUAUAUCUUCCCAUAUGUACUCAGGUGACGCUACAUUUCCGAUAAAGACGAACCUGCCCACCUGGCUCACAGAGGCAGGUGUUGAGACGAGUACUGCCCCCUUUACUACGACAUGGUACGAUAAUGGUGCUCUGAAUGAGGGUAUGACGUGGGCGAACAAACUAGCAACAGGAUUUGUCGAUGCUGGACUUUCUGCAUAUUUGUUCUGGGAGGGCUUUGAGAUUGGUCAGAACCAGUCCGCAAGCCAUCUUGUCGAUGUUCUUGGAGAUGAACCCGAGCCCUCCAGCGUUUACUAUGCUUUCACCAUGUGGUCUCGAUUCAUUCGUCCCGGCGCAAACCGCAUUGCCGUCAGCGGUGCCUUGCCAAAUGUCAUUAUCGCAGCGUUCCAGAACAUUGACAAAUCUGUCAUCGCCAUUUUUACCAACAACGGCAGUUCGUCACAGCUUGCUGAUAUUGCUAUUCCUGCCGGGAAGAAACCUAGUGCACAAGUCUGGUUGACCGAUAACGAUCACAAGGUGUCUGAAAUCAACUUUAAGCGGCGGGGCUCGUCUAUCGAGGUUGCAAUUCCUCCCAACAGUGUCAUUACCGUCAAGUUUAUUUCGCGAUUAUAA